AUGUCGAAGAAAGCUCUUCGAUUGCAAGCAAGAAAUAUUGUUAUUUUUUUUUUUGUUUAUUAAAGAAUACUUGAUGAACAAGGUGCAGACAAAUCGUCGAUAUUGAGCCAUAUGCAAGCGUUGAGGAAUGUUUCAAGGGUUACCAUAAGACGAAUUGUUGCUGAAGGCAGAUCUUACAGAGGCAUAUUUAGUACGCCCGAUAAAAAGAGUAAAGGUGGCAAAAAAAAUAUUCUUGGAUAAUUUUGAUUUAGAAUUGAUCAGAAACAAGAUAAAUGAGUUUUACACUGUACGAAAAGAAAUACCCACUGUUACUGAACAAUUAAACAAACCACCUAUACAAGUCGACUGUAUUGCUAUUAUAAAAGAAUGGCUUCAAUCAAAUAAUAUCCCUUAAGACGAUAGUUGGCAUAA